UACCCCGAAAACCCUCUCUCUCCUACAGUCAGCGGCCCACCAUCCUCAGGAAUGGAUCCCUUUGUUUCUGACCCCACUGAACCCGUGAAAACCAGUCCCCAGACGCAAACGCAGGGGCAAGAGGAAGAGGGCCUUGGAGCCGACCCCUCCUUCAAUUCGUCUUACACUGAGUCCGUCGGCGCCACCGCCGCCACCCAGGCGGACGAUGAGGCGGAGAGUCGGGCGCCCGGCUCCCCUUCCCCGCCCCGACGGCCGCCGAGCAUCUCCUCGCGCCGCGAUCCUAUCAGGGCCGGGUGCUUCCGGAGGCUGGCCGCCUCCUGCGAAGCCGCCCGAAUCCGCGAGGCGGCGCUCCUCCGUGAGUCUAAACCGCCCGCGGCGAAGGCCGAGGACCCCGACGAGCCAAUCUGGCCACCAAAAAGCCCCCAUUGGAGGCGCUACGUGGAACUACAAACUAUGGGGUCCAGCCCGUCUAAUCCUGUGCCCAACCCUGAUGAGAAUUCAUUAUCUCAUCCACCGCGAAAGGAGAGCCAAUAUAUGUUAGCUGACAAGGUUGUGGACCAAUGGGAUGACAGUGACACUGAAAACUCCUCUGGAAGUGCAUCGUAUCAAAUUGUUUAUUAUAAGAAUGCCCAGGGAGAAAACACCUUUCUUGUGCCGCCUAAAAAAAGAAAAUUCACUAUUGAUACAUAUGCUGUGGAAUGUAGUACUUGCCAGAAAUGGAGAAUUAUACCAAGCAAACUGAAAUAUGAGCAAAUCCGAGAGAAUAUUAUACAUGUUCCAUUUUCAUGCAAAUAUGUCCAUGGGUGGAAGCCAGAAGUGACAUGCCAUGAUCCAACUGAUAUAUCUGAGGGUAAUGGCAUGGUAUGGGCGAUUGAUAAACCAGCUAUCCCUCAGACCCCUCCUGGGUGGGAAAGGAAGAUUACUCUAAGGAGUGAACAGGGCACAAGAUUCGCUGACGUGUACUAUAUCUGUCCUGCAGGCAGAAAAUUAAGAUCCAUGAAAGAGGUUGAAAGGUGUUUUGAAGACAACCCAGACUAUGCUGCCGUUUUACAGUUAUCUCAGUUUUCGUUCAAGGUACCUAAACCUCCAAAUCGCCCUCGUCAGUCAGAGCUUAUUGAACCAACUGAAGUGCCACCUCCGGUUCACAGGGUUCCCGUGCACAACUACAUGCCGGUCCCUCAUGGAGAAGCCAAUCCUCUCACUCACAUACCAGUGACACUAGCUCUACAAGUACCAGUGAUGCGCUCCAAAAAGAGAAAACUCAACCAGUGAUGCUCUCCAGAAAGAAGGAAAACAAAUGCAAUAUCAGUGAUGUUUAAAUCUAAGCUCGCUCCCCUUAUGCUGGUAGUUUGCUCCUGCUUAGCCGGAACUGAGAAACAUUUUUGGGACAUCGACAUCAACAUCAACAGAGGAAUGUUGUACCACCUUGCUUUUACCUCACUUUAUUGGUGUGCUGUGCAUGUCUAUAACUAUAGUUUAUGCAUGUUCGACAUCAUCACUGCUAUGGUGCUACCGUUGUUUUCACUGGGAUCAACAAACAAUAUGCUAAGCUUACAUAACAAAAGUUUCUGCAUGCAAAAUUUUAGCUGGCUGCAACCUUUAACUAUAAAUUGUAGGAAUAGGAAAAAUUCUUUGGGUAGGAAUUAGUUUAUGUAUGUCUGGUUAAAAGAAGUAUCUCUGGUUAAGGGCGUCUUUGAGCUUUGUAAAGGUGUUACUUCGUGUUGGGUAUGUAACUAGAGACAUAGAAAGUGUAUUUUACUUAAACGGCAGCUCCAAUCCUAUGAUCCAAGCCCUUCUACCAAAACUUAUUGAUAAUGAUUCCAUGAACCACUUGAGGAUGAGUUAUUUCCACAAAAUAAAACUGUCACACCCCUAAAAUUUAAUCAUAUUUUUAUAAAUUAAAAUAUUGCCUAGAAUAAAUCUUUUGAAAAAUAAAUUGUUUCAUGGCUCUUUUCAAAGCCUCUUUUCAAAAACCUUUCUUUUCAAGUGGCAUUUUAAAUAUCAUUUGGUGUUUGAGUCACGGCUUGAGUUCAUUUUAAUUCUUUAUUUAAUGGAGAUAUAUUAAAACAUGGCCAUGUUUGUUUAAUUUUCUAAUUUCUGGAUUUUUCUGUUGACUUCAGAACCACUCCUUUUCUUUCAAUUAUAAAGUUUCUCACAGGCAGAACAAUAAGAUCAAUGAAAGAGCUCAAAAAGUAUCUUGAAGACAACCUAGACUGCGCUGCUGGUUUACAGUUAUCUCAGUUUUCGUUCAAGGUACCUAAACCUCCAAAUCGCCCUCGUCAGUCAGAGCCUAUUGAACCAGCCAAAGUGCCACCUCUGGUUCACGAGGAUCCCGUGCGCAACUACAUGCCGGUUCCUCAUGGAGAAGCCAAUCCUGUAACUCACAUACCAGUGACACUAGCUCUACAAGUACCAGUGAUGCUCCCCAAAAAGAGAAAACUAAACCAGUGAUGCUCUCCAGAAAGAAGAAAAUGCUCUUAGUGAUGUUCAGAUGCCAGAGUUGAAAUAUGCUAUUUUGUUGUAUUAUCUUACUGUAUGUGUUCUACCUUAGCUAAGCUCACUCCCCUUAUGCCGUAGUUUGCCCAUGCUUAGCUGGAACUGGGAAACAUUUUUGAGAUAUCGACAUCAAUAGAGCAACGUUGUUGCAGAAAGUUAUCGAAA